AUGCGCACUGAGGAACUAGCGCGGACGGGGGCAGCAGCCGCGAGGCCCCCGCACCCGCCGGAAAGCGAGCCUGCGACGGCACCGGGCUCUACAGCCGUCUGUCGCAAAACGUGGUCACAAAGCACCGCGGAGCAGCCCGGAUUUGAGGCCGCCCGCCGGCUGCAGCACGUAGGUCCUGCCAACGGGGACAAUGCCCCGAAGACCGCACUACAACCAUCCAGUAAGGACCCAUCGCCCGCCCGCAGACACCGCCUGAGUCCCCCACUUGUCCCAGCAGCGACAGUGCAGGACCCCCACGGGGCACUGAGCUGCCAGCGCUCUAAUCUCUCAGGCAGACCCUGUGAUUCCGUGGGGAGUCGCGAUCCGCUCACAGCACAGGAAGGUGGUGUGGAGACGACCCGGUCUGCGCAGAUCCUGGCUCGCUGUGACAUCACAGUGCUGCAGGAGGUAGUGGACUCUACUGGCAGUGCCAUCCCGCUCCUGCUUCGAGAACUCAAUCGAUUUGAUGACUCUGGGCCCUACAGCUCCCUGAGCAGCCUCCUGCUGGGGCGUGGCACGUACAAGGAGAAAUACGUGUAUAUCUACCGGUCACACAAGACGCAGGUCCUGGAUUCCUACGUGUACGACGAUCAGGAUGACCUCCUUGCCCGGGAGCCCUUUGUGUGCCGGUUCUCUCUGCCCAGCAAGGUCCUUCCCAGCCUGGCGCUGGUCCCACUGCACACCACGCCGAAGGCCGUAGAGGUGGAGCUGAACGCCCUGUACCAUGUGUUUCUGGACGCCUCCCAGCGCUGGCAGAGUGAGGACGUGAUCCUGCUUGGGGACUUCAAUGCUGACUGUGCUUCGCUGACCAAAAAGCACCUGGAUGACCUAGUCCUUCGGACUCAGGCUGGCUUCCACUGGGCCAUCCCUGAUGGCGUGGACACCACGGUGCGGGCCAGCACCCACUGCGCCUACGACCGCAUAGUGCUACACGGGGAGCAUCUCCAGAGCCUGCUGCGCGGCGCAGCAGCCUUCAACUUCCCCCGGAGCUUUGGGCUCACCGAGGAGGAGGCCCUCAACAUCAGUGAUCACUACCCUGUGGAGGUGGAGCUGAGCUGUGCGGUGCACGGGGCCCAGCCCCUCAGCCUGGCCACUCUGUUACUGUCACUACUGCUGCUCCUGUCCCCCCAGCUGGGCCUGGUGGCCUGAAGCCACUGCAUACCAGCUGCCCACAGAUGCGAGGACUAUGCUGUUUUCUGGACUCAAACCCCCACCCCCCUUCUGUCCUGCCCGCCACUCCUCUACGUGCCUUUGCUUUGGCUUGUGUUCUUUGGUUGGGCCUGUGCUUGGCGUUAGAAUGUGGAAGAGGAAGGCAGGGGCCCUGAGGCUGGAACCAUGCCACUCUUCCCCCAGCAAGUGUAAGAAGUGAGGACAAAAAGCAGGCUCUGGGGCUGGGGGAGGGGUCGGGGAAUCCCCCAUGCCACAGGGAAGAUCCCACAUGUCACAACUAAGACCCCGAUGCAGCCAAAUAAAUAAAUUUUUAUUGUA